UGGUUUAAAAGUUUUCUAAUGAAUCAUUCAGGCAUACCGGCCUUCAUGAAAGUAUUACUGAUCAUUUGAACUAGAACUGUGCAUUAUUGUAUAAAAAUGUAAUCAAAAUCUGUAUAUAUUGCCUAAACAUGCUAUCAAAUUUAUCAGUGAUAAAACAGCUUGAUUGAAAAAUAAACAUGCACUUAUACAUAUGUUAUAUGGAUGGUUUCGAAUCAAAGGGGAGUAAACAUUUACUGUGCCACUUAACUGCACUUUUGUAUGAACAAUUAAAUUGACUAAGAGAAUAUGGAAAAGCAGUGCCAAUAUUAAAUCUAACAGACUAAACUUGUUAUUUUCCGCGUUGGUGAAGUCGGGGAAUAAUAUAUUUUGGGCGUUGUGACACGUUAGCUGAUGUUAAUAGUAACCUUUUAUAUAUAACCAGUAAGCUGAUGAUAUUUUAUUCACCUCUACUAAAUUCAACAUCUUACAUUGAUGGGAAACUAAGCUCACGCUCUUAGCAUGUAGGUCAAAAGAUAACGAAUAAUUGAUUUGAAGCACUGGACAAGGUGCAAUCACAUGUAUGAAAGUAUAUGAAUAAAACAAUUAAAUGCUUCUUCUCCUUUAGAUUUGGAAUUGAUAUCAAUGUUCAUAAACAUGUUUGUGUUUAUUUUGUACUAUCCGUUCAUGUUUACAGUUUUACAAAGAGUAUGUUUACACACUUAAUAUUAUACAUGAAACAUUUAAGCGUGUCCUGUUAUGUUACUUAUAACUUCCGGAAACGAUAUUGAUAUAUUAUAGUAAACAGGAAAAUACAAUUAGACGUAAAUUACUAUUAUCAAAAUGGAGUUUAGUUUCAGACAAUAUUUAAUUCUUGUAUCGAUAUUAUUUUCAGCGGGUGCUACAUUCAUAACAGAAAAUAAGACAACAUGGAAUUCAGCCAUUGAGGAUUGUAAAAUGGAAACUCCUACUAUCAUGUUUCAAGGCGAAACAAAUGACUUCUCAGUAAAGUGCAAUUUGGCGGGUAAAGAUGAUGUGGAUAAUGUGUGGGUAGGAUACUUCUUAGCUGCUUCGGCAUUCCAUUACAUAGGUUGUAUGGAAGCGAAACAUAUGACAGUAAAAGCGGAAUUUAAGCAUAACACUCCAGGCUUGUGUUACUCAGCAUGCAUGACGAAAGGUUUGAUAGGCAUAAGUAAUAAGAAAUGCUACUGUUUGAGUAAUGCUGAACUAUCAGACAUUUACAACCAGGAAUGUACCAAAGGUUGUGAGGAUCACGAUGACAUUGCCUGUGGUGGAGAUGGAUAUAUAUCACUUUACAGAAUUGAAUCGGCUGGUGAGGCACAAUCCUAUAUGGGAGACGGGGAGUGCCUUUUAUAUGAGAUGGACGAUGAUAAAAAUGAUCAACUGGAAUGGUCAAACUGCAAAGAUCAUUUAAGAGUCAUAUGUGCAUCAAAAAAUGGAACCUUUAUCGCAAAAGACGAAACUGGGAAAGAACAAUCAGCCAAGUGGAGGGAUGCUAUGAACUUUUGUUUAAAUAAUCUGGGACAUCCAACUUCUAUAGCACAGAUAGAAAAUCAAAAGGUAUUAUCAUCCUCGAGCUCAUGGGUUGGAGUUAUUCGAAGUGAUGUCAUAUACAGCAUUAACGAUGUAGUGACUACAAAGACGAAAAAACAGUUCGGCUAUCUGCACAAAACGAAAAUUGAUGACAUAGUCCUAAAAUUUGAAGACAGUGGCACUGCAGAGAAAAAGAUUCUUUGUGAAACUGAAAGAAAACCAACCACAAGUGGACCAACAAGUGGAAAUACAACGGAGUCAGCUUCUGAUAUCGGAGUCCCAGUUGGCAUUUCGAUUGCAAUCUUUCUGAUUGUCGUUAUUGCCGUAAUAGCUGUUCUACUUCUAAAGAGACGAGCGAUGUUACCAGUAGUCUGUUGCCGAAUGUUCAUGUCAGAUAAAACACAAAAAGACCAAGGCUUAGUGAACAACAUAGCGUACGAUAUCCCUGUUAAUUCUCCUUAUGAUCAAAUUGAUGAGGAUGCUCUGCAACAGAAUAAUGACACAGCACUUACUAGCUCAGAAGACAAUCGAGACGAUGCACAUACUUAUUUUGUUCUUGAAAAAGAUGCCAAAAACUCUACAACAGAGAAUGUCAUCACAGGUUCAAAAGCUGACAAAAAUGAGAAUAAUGUUUAUAACACAUUGAUUUCAAAUACAGCGCCUGGAGAUAACCUUGACGAUACAUAUGAUACGGCGGAAAAGGCAGCAAAAAGACUGAAAGAUCAACAUGAUAAAGAAGUUGCUGUUGAGAAAGGAAGUACAAUUGGCGACAUUAAUGAAGAUGCGUACAAUCAUAUAAAUGAUGCACGUAUGAAAAAGGGCAAAACAGAUCAUGUGUAUGGGGUACCAAGUGAUAUUGGUAAUGAUUAUGGAUAUGCUAAAAAUGUUCAUGAACAAGAUCAUAAUGUAGAGGACGCCUACAAUCACAAAAAUCAAUAACAUUAACAAACAUUUAUUUCACUUUAUUGCAUAUUACAGCUCUUAAUUCUUAUGUUGCUGUUCAUACAAAUACGGAAUUCUGUCACUAUGUGAUGCAAUUAUCCUCAUUUCAUGACUUUGAGUUGUCGUAUCAAAAAAAAAAAUUCAAAGCAACAGAUCGCAUGAUCGCCUAAGCAUAUAAAACAAAAUGUGUUAGUAUAUUUCAGUUAAAGUGACAUUAUGCGCAUACAAUGGUCUAAAAUGACUGUACAGGCGAAAGUCAAACAAAGUUUACAUUUUGCAAAAACUCCUUUCAAUUUUAUAAUUUACUUUACAUGAAAGAUAAAUAACUCACAUGGCUCAAAACAAAUUCUACAAAUAUUCAUCGAAAUUAACCUAUAACGUUCAAUUCAUAAAAAUAGUGGGGCAGUCUUUUUAUAUUUUAGUCAGAUUUCAGGUGUUGGUCAACCACAAUUUUAACAGUUUAUCUUCUAAAAUAUAUUCUCAAUUAAGCUUAAAUUGACUAUGACAAAUGAGCAUUAAGUCAAUUCUAAAAAAGGCUAAUAAGUAUUCACGCACUUCUAGAUCUGAAGAUGUAAGUAAAUUAAUAUUCGCAUUUCAGUUCUUCUUUUUCUUAUUAUAUAUGUACAUGUUAAAUAUAACAUGAAGGAGAUUACAAAAUGUACCGAAGAAAUAUUUCUAUAACUUUCUAAAUUUUAUGUUUAAAAAUUUAGAUAUUUUUUCAAACUAACAUAGGCUUUCAGAUCAAAAAUAAGAAUGUUGUAAAGUUGUUUCGGUUUCAUUUGUACGUGCUCUUUAAUUCUCUUUAAUCUUUAAAAUGUUAGCAACGUUAUCAAGCGUUUGAAAUCUGCGAAUGUGUCAGUGUAUCUAAUUUUAUUCUUCAUUUUGAAUUUGAAAAGGCAAAAAAUUCAAUAUUGGUGAUAAGUCUUGAGAAUAUAUGGACAAUGUCUUAUGUGCUUCGUUUAUACAUGCACGUCUUAGCAAUCUUUCAAUUGAAAUACGAAGAUGUCGUAAUAAAAAUAACAAAGUAACAAAAUCAAUUCGUGUAUUCAAUUCAAAACUGAUAACCAUCGAAUGAGAAACCCUUUUUGACGAUUUUGAAUCAGACUGGAAAUCAGCAUUCAAUAUACCUUUUAAAACUACAUUCGGCAUUUAUCUUGUAAGUUUUUGUUUCCAAUACAAGCUUUAAAUGCGCUUAUUUCCAACAAACAAACAUCUUUAUAAAUGUCAAUUGACAUCUUACAACUUUUCUGGGAUAUAUACUUUAUUGAACAUUUAUUAUCAUGGAAAUACAAAUAUUGUUUACUGGAAAAAUCGAAUAAAUUUUAUUCUUUAUAUGGUAUUGAAUUCCGUUAAAACUUCAGUCUUGUAUGUUUCGGUAAAAAGGGUAAGCGUUUAACUCUUAUUUUCUCAUUAUACUGUGUAAAUAAAUGUAUGACCAUAUCUAAAUGUAUAAUGUAAUAUAUUAAUUAAAAACAUUUUCUUCUUUAAAAAU